UGAACGCAGGAUCGUGAACCGAGCCCCCUAAUUCGGUUCGUUAUCGGUUCUGAACCGAUCCUGAAUUGCUACCGCGAAUAAAGCUAAUGCUUGGGAAUUCAGCUGCAGAACGCGACAAUGUAAUAAACUGUGACCUUUUUCAGCUGCCUCUAGUGACGCACAAGACGUGCAAAAGAGCCUACAAAGAGUUCCUGAUUAGUGGCAACAUGAUGUGCGCCGGUUGGAAGUCCGGCAAGGCCGAUACUUGCGCAGGAGACAGUGGCGGAGGCCUAAUGUGCCCCAACCAGAAGCCCAGCAAGCUGGUCUACAGCGUGCAAGGCAUUACUAGUUUUGGGGACGGCUGUGGCGGCAAGAACAAGUUUGGAAUCUACACAGCCGUCUACAACUACAACGGCUGGAUUCGCUACGUGAUCGACCACUACUCUUAAGCGACUAGUCCUGGGACGAUAAUUCGAGGCGCGCGAUCUCGAGACUGUGAUAUAUUUACCAUACUGCCCAACCUGCAUCUAAUCGUUAGUCUAGUUUAAGCAUAGUUUGUCCCAAGCUAUAUGGCAGUGACGUCAUUAUUAUUAAGCGCCUUUGGCGCACUAGCGCCAUGAACGAUAACUGAAUUGCUAUACAUAAGUGUUGCGUUUUUAUCAACACCCGUAACUAAACUAAAACUGGUAAGUCUUAAUGUAAGAAAGUAGGCCUAGUAUAUUGGAUUUUUUCAUAAAAUAAAGUUAUUUUGCGGUUCCUCUGAAUAUAUGCAACGUGGCCAUGCAUGAAGACGUGGGAGGGACAAUCAGAAUUUUGAUGCGAA